AUGGCGGGCCCAUCCAAGCAGUCUGAGAAACGGCAAGCAUCCCUGACCAGCUUCUUCACUCCAAAAACCGUCAAUGGCCUCUCGCAGUCCCUCCAGAGGAGCCGCCAGAGUGAGGAGCAGCAAGGGACAUCCACGAACCGCAAUGGAAACGACAGCAGUCCAUCUUCUCGCAAACGCCCCCUCCAAGAAGACACGGAUCAUGGCAACGACGGACCAGAAGAACCAUCCUUAAAACGUGCGAAGUCGAAGGACCAUGCCUCUGAACAGAGCACCUUCUUCCGCAAGCCCUCUUCUCCCGGACUCGAAACCCCCUCUGUUGCAUCCAAAGGCACUGCCCGAACAGGUCGUUAUCGAUAUGAUGAAUCGCGAUCAAGCAAUGCUGGGGGUGACAUGCAAGAGGACGAAGCGGACGAAGAUGCGGCUACUCAGCGGCGGAAGGUGGAGCUGCACAAGAAAUUCGUCAAGAAGCUCGGACACCCGGACAGUAUGGCCAUGAUCAAGCGUCGAAACUUCCAAAUAGACGACGACACGGCUGCUUUGGACGAGGACGGGGACGGUGGUGACGAUGCCGAGGAAGAGGAGGCUGCCCGACCAGCCAAAUCAUCCAAGAAGAAAGGUGCCAAGACUGGCAAACUUACGCCCAUGGAGAUCCAAUAUUUGGACAUCAAGAGGAAGCACAUGGACACAAUACUCAUCGUAGAGGUUGGCUACAAGUUCAGGUUCUUUGGUGAAGAUGCUCGGAUUGCUGCAAAGGAGCUGAGCAUUGUCUGCAUACCUGGGAAGUAUCGGUACGACGAACACCCUUCAGAAGCCCAUAUAGACCGAUUCGCUUCUGCGAGCAUUCCAGUACAUCGGCUGCCAGUCCAUGCGAAACGGCUAGUAGCAGCCGGCCACAAGGUCGGAGUCGUCCGCCAGAUCGAGACAGCAGCUCUGAAGAAGGCGGGGGACAAUCGCAAUGCUCCUUUCGUGCGCAAACUCACAAAUGUCUAUACCAAGGGCACAUAUGUGGAUGAACUCGGCGAGCUCGACCAGUCCUCAGACAAGGAAGGCACUGGUGCUCCAGCAGGCGGGUACUUGCUCUGUAUCACAGAGUCCAAAGCCAAGGGCUGGGGCACCGACGAGAAGGUAGACGUGGGAAUAUUGGCCGUCCAACCAGCUACGGGAGAUAUAAUCUACGACACUUUCGAGGACGGUUUUAUGCGCCGCGAAAUUGAAACUCGACUUCUGCACAUCUCGCCUUGCGAGUUCCUCAUUGUUGGGGACCUGACAAAGGCCAGCGACAAACUCCUUCAGCAUCUUUCCGGCAGUAGCACCAACGUGUUCGGAGAUCGAAGUCGCGUUGAGAGGGUCCCCAAGAGCAAGACCAUGGCCGCUGAGGCAUAUUCGCAUGUGACACAGUUCUAUGCCGGGAAGCUCAAGGAUGCUGACGAGCGGUCAUCGGCUUUACUAGAGAAGGUCUUGAAGCUGCCCGAAGCCGUCACCAUCUGCUUGUCAGCAAUGAUCACCCACUUGACUGAGUACGGUCUCGAGCAUAUUUUUGAUUUGACAAAAUACUUCACAUCGUUUUCUACCAGGACACACAUGCUCAUCAACGGCACGACGCUGGAAAGCUUGGAGGUCUACAGAAAUCAGACAGACCAUUCAGACAAAGGGAGUCUACUUUGGGCUAUUGACAAGACACAUACGAAAUUUGGCCAGAGACUUCUUCGAAAGUGGAUAGGGCGGCCUUUGUUGGACAAAGAGCAACUCGAGGAGAGAGUCGCAGCGGUCGAAGAGCUGCACGAGAAUCGGUCCGAUUGGAGAGUCGACAAGCUCGAGGGUCUGCUCACAAACAUCAGAACGGACCUGGAGAGAAGUCUCAUUCGUGUCUACUACGGCAAGUGCUCCAGGCCAGAGCUCUUAAACACUCUGCAGGUACUGCAGAAAAUUUCUAUGGAAUACCCGAAGGCCAAAAUCAAGACUCCAGAGGACACUGGCUUCAAGUCUGCUCUACUGAAAGAGGCGGUCUCUUCGAUACCGCAGAUCGGUGAGAUCGUGAUCUCUUUCUUGGAAAAGAUCAAUCCAGCGGCAGCUCGGGCAGAUGACAAAUACAACUUCUUCCUUGAGGCACAAGAGACGGACGAUAUCACAGAACACAAGCUUGGCAUCGCAUCGGUUGAGCAAGAGCUGGAUGCGCACCGGUCUGAGGCAGCUGCUAAGCUUGGGAAGAAGACCCCAGUAUCUUACGCGACGGUUGCCGGCAUCGACUACCUGAUCGAAGUUGCGAAUACCGACCUCAAGAAGGUACCAGCUUCAUGGAUGAAGAUCAGCGGCACGAAGAAACUCUCCCGCUUCCACACCCCCGAUGUCGUACGGAUGAUCAGCGAAAGGGACCAACACAAGGAGUCACUGGCAGCCGCAUGCGACCAAGCGUUCAAGUCGCUCCUAUCCUCCAUCGCCGCUCAAUACCAACCCCUGCGCGAUGCCGUUUCUGCUCUUGCCACACUCGAUUGUCUUUUCUCGCUGUCCGAAGUAGCAUCCCUGCCAGGCUACACAAAACCAACAUUCUUACCCUCGUCCACUCCUCCAACAGUCUCGAUAACAGAAGGCCGGCACCCGAUCGCCGAGCACACCCUUCCCAACGGGUACAUCCCUUUCACCACCUCUCUAUCCAACCCCGAGCCGCUCGCCCACCUCAUCACCGGGCCCAACAUGGGCGGGAAGUCCUCCUUCGUCCGCGCGGUCGCCCUGCUGGUCCUGCUCGCCCAGGUCGGCAGCUUCGUGCCGGCGGACGCCAUGUCCCUGACGCUGAUGGACAGCAUCCACACGCGCAUGGGCGCGCGCGACAACCUGUUCGCGGGCGAGAGCACCUUCAUGGUCGAGGUCUCGGAGACGGCCGCCAUCCUGCGGUCCGCCACGCCGCGCAGCCUCGUCGUGCUGGACGAGCUCGGCCGCGGCACCAGCACGCACGACGGCGCCGCCAUCGCCCACGCCGUGCUGGACCACGUCGUCCGCGAGACGCGCUGCCUGACCCUCUUCAUCACGCACUAUCAGAACCUGGCCAAGAUCUCGCAGGGCAUGGGCGGCCUGGUCAAGAACGUGCACAUGCGCUUCACCGCCACCAAGACCGCCGGGGGAGAGGAAGGGGCUGGUGAUGCGUCCGACAGCGGGGCGGACGCGGGGGCGGAUGCCGACGAGGAGAUCACAUUCCUGUAUGAGGUUGUCGAGGGCGUUGCGCACCGGUCCUACGGGCUAAAUGUCGCGCGGCUGGCCAGGAUUCCCCGAAAGGUGUUGGAGGUUGCGGCUAAGAAAUCGAGGGACUUGGAGGACGAGAUCAAGAUGAGAAGACUGCGCGGUGCGGUCGCUAUUAUGAGUGAUGUGCUUAGUGGGGACGUGAACGACCAGAUGCUCGAUCAUCUGAUCUCUGGCAUCGAGCAGUUGUAG